AUGCAAUAAUUGUCUCUUAAUAACAUUCCUCAAAUUUUGUUCCCCUUACCUAUUGUUAAAUCCCAUUAUGAAAUCCAACAUCUUUAAGACUUAAGAAAUGAACAAGAAAAUCAAAUCUUAUAAGAUCAUUCCAAAUUACUUAAAGAGAAAACUCCUAUUCGACGAGAUUAAACUUUAUAAUAAAAAAAUAAGAGACAAUCAACUCUUUCUUAAGUACUUAAAAAUAGCAUUAGAAAAAUUGCUGAAUUUUAAAGUUAUUCCUAAGAACAAAUGCUUAAUUCUCAACAUUCUUUACAUCACAAUACUAUUGAUUGUUCAAUUAAUUAUAAAUAGCUAAAUAAGCAUAUUAUAACUGAAUAAUAGUUUCAAAUCAAAUAAAAUCAAAUCUAACAAAUGAUUAGAGAAAAACUAUAUUCUUCUUAUUGUAAUUCAAUAUAAAAACAAUCCAAAUUUAAUGAAAACUUAUUUUAAAAAAUUAAUUAACUAGCUCCAUUCAUAUCUUAAGAUAAAAUUUUACAUUAACCUUAAAUCAAAAGAAUGAAUUAAUUUAUCAAAGUUAGAUCUUAAUCAAUUUCUCUUAAUCCUAACACUAUUUAACUUAAUACUAAUAAAAUUAAUUCUAUCUAAAACAGUGUUUAAAGAAUACAAUCUUUACCGAGAAAUGAAAAAUAAUAAAAAUAGAAAUUCAAAAAUAAAUAAUAAACAGAGAGUUAAGAAUUAUUUGAAAAUAAAGAUGCUAAUAGAAUUAUUCAUAAACUAAAUCAAAAAACUAAUAAAUUAUUAAAUGAAUCUUAUCCUGAAAUUGAUCCUACUCCUAUUGUAGAUUAUUAAAAAUAAAUACUUAGCCAUAUUGAACUCAGAAACUCUACAAAAAAGAAACUCAUUGAUAGUUUUUAAGAAAUCAUACAUUAAUAUUGA